AUGGCCUCUCAAGAAUUUACUGUAUUAUACACUCACCAAAAGAUGAAAAAAUCAAAAACAUGGCAGGAUGGAAUUCUGAGGAUUGGAACUGGCAGAAAUAAGGCUGUCUUGUUUGAUGAUAAAGGACAAUGCUUGGAGAGUGUUUUUAUAAAAUCUCAGGUGAAUGCUGGAGAUUAUUUAGAAAGUGAACGAUAUUUGAUCACAGUUGAAGCAGUUAAAGUGAAUGAGGCAUCUUGUGAGGAUCAGCUAGGGAAAGCAGGAACUCCAGCAGCAGAGAGAAAUGGUGUAAAACCUGGGGUUCUGCCUCCAAGACAUCUGUCUGUUGGCCUGAAAAGGAAGUUUAGAGGCUUCCAAGGGCCACGCCAAGUUGAGAAGAAAAUACCAGCAGUGGAAUAUGGAGAGAAAGCACCAAUACUGCCUGUAUCUGAGCAGUGUCAGGGUACUUUCCCAUCCAAGUUUUAUGUUACCUCUCCCUUAUUUUCUACGGUUGGCAGGAAGGAUGCAGCAACAAAUCUAUCUGCAGACUCCCAAGGAGGUGCAUGUGUGGAUGAUGAUGGAGAACACAGAUCUGUCUCCUCACUGCUUUCAGCUCAGUUUCUUGACAGAUGUCAGGCAACAGAGAAGCCAAACUCCCCCUGGUCCACUGUGAAGCCAGAAUCUCUGAUUGCUGGGGAUGCCCAGCCUGGUGGUUACCAGGCAGUGUCACGCAACAUCAGGAGCACAGCACAGAUAAUAGCUCUUUUGAAGGCUAAACCAGCACCAAGCUGCAGAGAGCAAGCCAUGUCUGACAUCACAGAAUGUCAUUCUAGUUCUCAGGCAUCAGAAUAUGCAGAAAGUUCACCACAUAACCAAAGCAGCACAAUCCUACCUGCUUUUUCAGGCAACCCUGCUGAAAAACUCGUUCAAAAUACUCAGCACUUGCCUUCUAUGGAGCAAACUGUAAGUGACAAAAAGGAAUGGAACCCUGAAAUGCUGCUGAAUUCAGCUGAACAACCUUGUGAAGAAGAAGUCACGUGGGGGAGAGAUGACAAAAAGGCAAAUCAUCUAAGUCAAGACUUACAAGAUCCCUCUAAUACAAAUAAUUGCUGCUUAGCUGAAUCCACUAUCAAUAGACUAAGCGACAGUCAGUUUCUCCCAUCCUCAGGUGACAUUUUGCCUUUAGCAAGUCCAGUGAGCUUUGAAAAAACUAUCUCCAGGGACAGGGAGCAGUCAGUGACUAAUGGUCUGAAGGAGAAUUCAUCUUUGGUGUUGCAAAGGGAGCUCCAGCCAAGACAAAAUUCAGAAGGAGCCCCUAGUGACCCAGAGCUCUCUGUGGAUAUGACGGUGACCAAAACUGGAGUUGCAAAGGAGGGAUUAAGUACAAGUGGCCAAGACUGUGGUCCAGAUGAACCAGUGAUGGAGGUUAACUUCAACCUAAUGGCAGCUUUUGAUUUUGAUGAAGCAGACAAUCCAAACCUGUGUGAAAGGGAUGUGAAUAAGCUCACUGAAGGAGAUGUGCUUUCACAAAGCCCAGAUUGCUUAAAGGAAGAGGAUGCAGCACAAGAUGCUGCUUUGAGACUUCGUUCCUGCUAUGAAAUGGUGACAGACUGUAAAAAUGAAGAAGUCAAAUGCUCAGCAUUUGACACAGAGAAUGAUGGAAAUCACUUCACCAGGAGAAUCACUGAAUUUUGUGACAACAAACUCAGAGGUACAGGGAGAAUUGGAGGAGACUUGGCAAACCAGAGCAGAAUGGAAGUGGAACUUCUGGGUGAUGGACACAAGGUAAAAGAGAUGAAUGAAAGUCAAUUAAGUAAUGAAGCCACAAACAAUAAGAAGGACCUUGAUGGCUGUGCAGCACAUAUGAUCAUUGGCAUGUCUGAUCUGCCUGGUGACAUGAAUGUUAAUGACUGUCACCCUAAAGCCAGUAUGUUUGAGGAAACUGGAACUAUUUCAUGUGUUUCUGCCAGCACAGUAGUUUCUGCAAUGGACAGAAGGACUGAAGAAGAUGUUACAGAGCUUGGAUGCAUUAAAUGCCCAGAUGCUGACUUAGAACACUUCUGGAGCGCUAAAAGUGACAUUAAACCAGGUAGUCCUUUGCUGGAUUUGUCACAAAAAUCAGAGUCCAGCUGUGGUUCAUUCCAAUACAUUGGAGAUGACCAUCAAAAGGAAUUUGUCAUUUCAAGUAAGGAAGGUACUCUUAUUUCCAGAAGUUCUGUCCACCCUUUAGGAAAAGGCCAUCAAUUUCCAGAGGAAACAGUGAUAGGUGAAACUGAGUUUGAAAAUGGAGAGAGCAUAAAUGCCUUUGGUGAAGCCUGCAAAGGUGAAAGAAUAGGAAUGGAAUGCCUGAAGUCUAGGACAGUGGCUGAAAAUGUAUCAGAUCUUCCUGAUGAGAUAAAAAAUCUUGCUCUUCUGAGAGCUUUGACUCAACAUAGCACAGCAUUAGAAAGCUUACAGAAGAUGAAGGAAAAUGAUAGCAUAUUCUCUGGAGCAGACACUCCUAAAAAGAUAUUUGAGCCUGUUGUGCAAGAUGAAGCUAUAAAACAGUUUACAGAAAUGCCUUACUCAGAAAGUAUACAGGCAUCUUCCUGUUCAUACUUUGAUUCUCCUGGCCUUAUGCCUGUUGCAUUUCAAGGGCACCAAGUGAAGGGAUCAGCAGCUAGUGAGAUGAUGUGGAGAGCUCCCUCCUCACAGCUGGGAUGGCAGCAGUACCCAGAUAAUACUGAGUUUGCAGCUCAGGGACUUCCCUCACCUCUGUUUUCAAGUAGUUAUGUCCUUUCUGACUUCAGACAGUCUCCAGAUUCAAGAAGUCUUCAUGAGGAUGACACCAACUUUGUCAGAGAAGAUUUUCAAAACCAGUUCAGCAUUACUAGAGAGGCAAGAAUAGAUCAGUCCUGCCAGGAGAAAUCCAGCUAUCCAGAGGAAUGCAACCUCUCCAGAUGCAAGGCCCCAGUUAGACCACGGACUCCAUUUGUCACUCUUCCUGAUGCAGUUUGUCCACCUGACAACAAGGAGGUCCAGCAGUCCUUCAGCUCCUCAGUAGUCCAUUUAGGCAACAAGUCAGUGAACAUAAGGAUUUCUGAGUUGUCUUUUCCAAAUGUGGAUAAAGUAAAACAUGCUGCCCUUCCUCAAAGGAAGGUUUCCAUACCAACUGUGUUUCAGUCUCAUGUUCACUACAAGCAGGUUUUUACAGCUGCUCUGACAGAGCAAUUAAACAUAAUGCUAUUUGAGUUGUCACAAAGAUUACACAACGCUCUUUCCAAAGUGGAUAUAUCAUUUUACACUGCAUUGAAAGAUGGGCAAAGUGAGAGCAAAGCAAGCAGUGGCCCACUCUGCAACCACAGGCAUCCUGCUAAGCUUGUUAUGGUUAAAAAAGAAGGUCAAAACAAGGGCCGUUUGUUCUAUGCCUGUGACGCCCCCAAAGCUGAGCAGUGUUCGUUUUUCAAGUGGAUAGAAGAUGUGAACCCCACACAGCUAAAAUCCAGGCCUAGUGCAGUGCUUCAUGAUGUAAAAAGCAUUGGGACGUACCUCAGAAGUCAAAAGAUUUCUCUCUAUGAGGAAUGCCAGCUUUUGGUGAGGAAAGCCUUUGAAAUGCAAACACAGCGGUGUAGUAAGUUCAGAAAAUUUAUGAAUACACCUGCCAGUUUUGAUGGUGAUUCCAAAAGCAAAUUAUACCUCAAACUAAGCAGAAAGGAGCAUUAUUCUCUCUAUAGCAAAGAUGAUAUUUGGGUUGUUUCAAAGACUCUGAACUUUGAUCCCCUUGAUACUUUCAUUGCAAGUAGUGCUUUCUUUGGACCAUCCUCCAAUAAUGAAGUAGAAUUGCUACCACUGAAAGGUUACUCCCCCUCAAACUGGCCAUCAAAUAUGUGUGUUCAUGCCUUGCUGGUCUGCAAUGCCAGCAGUGAGCUUACAUCUUUAAGAAAUCUGGAGGAUCACUUCACUCCAGCAACAUUACCACUCAUACCAUAUCUCCUGAAAAUGAAUUUUGAUUCUGAAAAUGCUACUAAAAGGGUCAGCAAAAGAAAAUUUAUGCCACCUGCCAUCAGCCUGAAACAGACAAUGGUGUCUGGGCCUGUCAGCACUGAAGUGGCAAUGGGACUUGCUGAAAAGAUGAUCCAAACAUUCUCCUUGAACCCAGAUCAAGCUACAUCACUGAUUCAGAUAGCUCAGAUGAUGACCUCGUGUGAAAAUACCAAACCAGUGGAAGAACAUCACAUCUUCCCCAUCACAAUCAUAUGUGGUGUUUUUGGAGCUGGAAAGAGCUAUCUGCUGUCUAUUGUGAUCUUGUUCCUAGUGCAACUCUUUGAAAGCAGUGAAGCUACUGAGGGUCCCAGGCCAACUCCUUGGAAACUUCUGAUUGCUUCUUCCACUAAUGUUGCUGUUGACAGGAUACUGCUGGGGCUACUUGAUCUUGGAUUUGAGGAUUUUAUCAGAGUGGGAAGUAUUAGGAAAAUCACCAAAGCAAUUCUUCCCCAUAGUUUACAUGCUGGCUCAGGAAAUGAAAACGAGCAGUUGAAAGAGCUGCUUGCUCUCAUGAAAGAAGAUUUAACUCCAGCUGAAAAAAUGUAUGUGAGGAAGAGUAUUGAGCAACAUAAACUGGGCACCAAUAAAACCAUACUGCAACAGGUAAAAGUGGUUGGGGCCACCUGUGCUGCCUGCCCGUUCCCAUGUCUGAACGCUCUGAAGUUCCCCGUAGUGAUGCUGGAUGAGUGCAGCCAGAUGACUGAACCUGCUUCUCUCCUGCCUAUUGCAAGGUUUCAGUGUGAAAAGCUUGUCCUUGUUGGAGACCCGAAGCAAUUACCACCAACUAUCCAAGGAUCUGAGAGUGUUCAUGAGAAGGGAUUGGAACAGACCCUCUUUGACAGGCUCUGCUUAAUGGGCCAUAAAGCCAUACUCCUUCGGACACAGUACAGGUGUCACCCUGCUAUCAGUUCCAUAGCCAACGAGCUGUUCUAUGAAGGAAAUCUGAUAGAUGGUGUUUCUGAGGAAGACAGGAGUCCUUUAUUGGAUUGGCUUCCAACACUAUGUUUUUAUAGUGUUAACGGGGUAGAACAAAUUGAAAGAGACAACAGCUUUUACAACAUGGCAGAAGUUCAUUUUACAGUCAAGCUCAUCCAGUCUCUGAUUGCAAGUGGAAUAGAAAGCUCUGCAAUUGGUGUGAUUACUCUUUAUAAAUCACAGAUGUGUAAGGUUUGUAACCUGCUCAGCAGUGUGCACUCCGAGGCAUUUGACACCAAAGCUCUCCAGGUGUCCACUGUAGAUGCCUUCCAAGGAGCUGAGAAGGAGAUCAUCGUCUUGUCCUGUGUGAGAACAAGGCAAAUUGGCUUCAUAGACUCGGAAAAGAGAGUGAAUGUUGCGCUGACGAGAGCCAAGAGGCAUUUGUUGAUUGUUGGAAAUCUGCCCUGCUUGAGUAGGAACAGACUGUGGGGAAGAGUGAUUCAUCACUGCAAAGGAUGGGAAAAUGGACUGCAACAUGUAAGCCAGUGUGAGCAGCAGCUAAACGACAUUCUUAACUGUUAUCUGGAGAAAUGGAAGGAAGAGGAAGAGAAUGAGAAAAAGGAAAAAUGA